UUGUCUCUGGACCUAGACAGUCGAGAUCGCAGAGACGCCAUGGCCAAGAUGUAUGAGAGUUGCCGCAGAGAUGCCGAUCAGAGGUGCCGCACAUCGAUGAAAGAAGUUCGUGAAGGUAUGUUUCUGUGGCGAUGUGAGAAAUGUUCCGAAAUGGUGUUCGAUUGUGGUUUAGGCAUCUGGGCAAAUGAAUUUGAAAGAAUAAAGCAACACCUAAAAACGUAUGACCUUUGUCUUGGAAAGCUUUACAAAGACCCUGUUGUUCUCCAAACCCACGAUUGGUUCCUAGUAGAGGAUGGCAAGAUCGGAAUACUUCUAAUCUUGCAUCAAACCCCCAUCGGACAAAUCAUUGAGCGGCGAUCCUCCCCCGAGCCACCAAUGACGGUCAGCCAAUCCACGGCUGAUCAGGCUGGUGACUUCCACUUUGUUGGUCCUGGUGGCGAAUUUCUACCAUCGCCGAAGGAGUCGACAGUCUAUCUCGUCGCAUUUGAGGUUGCCAAGGACGAACGAGACCGAACGAACUGAACGGAUUGAAAGAAUUGAAUGAAGUGAAGGUUUCAACAUUGAAUCCCGAUGGAACAGGAAGGGCAUCCGUAGAGCGCGGACCUGGAACAGGAAGCACAUGCAUUGUGGGCGCACCGGGAGCUAAUGCACUCGGAAAUCCAGUGGAGAACUAUGACACAUGUUAGUUGACGUCUGGUACUGCAGCUCAUAUCUCACCUACAUCUUGAUCGUAACACA